AAAGGAUGACAAAAACAAAGUAGUCCGUGUAAUAAUUGAAGGGGUGUUGUGUGAAAAUUUGGAUUAUAGCAAGAUAGUAGCAUGAGACCAGUGUUUAACUGAAAAUUAACAUUGAUAACUCUCUAUAAAAUUUCACGAAGUGGGUAAGUUUAAGUAGAACACAUACAGACUAAUGUAUUUUGUGGAAUUUGAUUUCGCCACUACGUUUGUUUUUAUUCAGAAAUCUAUUCAACAUGGCUUCAGUAUAGUGUGUGUUUCAGACAGGAAUUUCUCGUAAAAGCAUUAUGAUUCGUGAAAGUUGUUGAUUGUAUUGUAGAGCAGAAAUUUAGUACAAUCAUUGUGCAGAAGUUAAUUAAAAUAUUAUCUUUGGCAGUAUAUCUAAAGUAAUAUCAUAGUUUGACUAUAAUUGUAAACCUUAAUCUAUAUGAAAGAAAAAUUUUGCACAGCCUUUAUAAAAAAAAAUACUGCAAAUUGAUAAACUUCCUAGAGAAUAGAUUUAUUCUAUGAGGGGUAUAUUUAAAUAAAACAAGUAGGCUAUGUCAUCUCACAUAAGGGCGAUAUUGUGUGUGCUUAAAAUAAAAAUAUCUUUGUGGCGUUUAUUAAUGUUAGUGUGGCGACUGUGAACAUAUGACUUGGGCUCUAAAUUACGAUUGAUUAAUGUUUCUGAAAGAAUAGACAGUUUGUUAGAAAGAUGUACUAAAAAAUAUGUCGAUCCAUCAUAAAAAUAGCAUCGAUAUCGAUAUAAAACGAUACGAUAUAUUUCAAGGUCUAGGUUAAAAUAUUGUUAAUCUCUGCUGAUUCAUUAUUGAUAUAUUGAAACGAAAUAAUAUAUAUUUUCUACUCAAUUCAGAUUCAAAAUAAUGGCAAAUAGAACGGCAAGCAGGCCAGCUAAUGGGCAAAACAAAAUCUGUCAAUUCAAACUGGUCUUGUUGGGAGAAUCAGCUGUCGGAAAAUCAAGUUUAGUAUUGAGGUUCGUCAAAGGACAGUUCCAUGAGUUCCAGGAAAGCACGAUUGGAGCGGCAUUCCUCACCCAGACCGUUUGCUUGGAUGACACUACCGUCAAAUUCGAAAUAUGGGAUACUGCGGGUCAAGAACGAUAUCAUAGUUUAGCACCAAUGUAUUAUCGUGGGGCUCAAGCAGCUAUUGUUGUCUACGACAUAACGAAUCAGGACACGUUUAGCAGGGCUAAAACGUGGGUGAAAGAAUUACAGAGGCAAGCCAGUCCAAAUAUUGUUAUUGCUCUAGCUGGCAAUAAAUGUGACUUAUCUAACAAACGCAUGGUCGAAUGUGAGGAAGCUCAAGCAUACGCCGAAGAAAAUAGCCUCCUUUUUAUGGAAACUUCUGCAAAAACUGCGAUGAAUGUAAACGACAUAUUUUUAGCAAUAGGUAGUAGUUUAAAAAAUAGUAUAAACACCACUAAUAAUAAAAUUUAUGUUAGCGAAAAAAUUGCCGAAAAAUGAUGGUGGAUCGGGUGGAAAUGGUUCUUCGGGUGUCAGCUUGGAAAGGACAGAUCCUAGUUCUGGUGGCGGAUGCUGUAAAUGAAGAAUGAGACUAUUAAUUAUUUUUGAGAUGCUAACCGAAAUAUUAUAGGGUUUUUUUAUAUAGUGACAACUGACGCUCUGUGUACUUUUUCUCUGAAACUCAAUAAUAUUCGUAGCAUCCUGCAUAUAAAAAAGUUCCAUAUGAAUGCCAUCACUACGUAUUGAUAACAUUUUACGAAUACAAGCAAAUUGGUACGGACUAUUAUCUUUUUUAUUAAUCAUGAUAUUUAAUUGUAUGAACUUGUCGCUUUAUUGUUGAUUAGUUAUGCUGAAAGUUUUUGUUAUUGACUACAUUUAUAACUUCGAAUAUGAUUCCUAUGUACAUAUAUGCAUAACUAGGAAUGAGUAUUAUUCAAACUUAAUUUCAUGUGCAAUGUGUCUAAAAACGUCAAAGCAUUCACUUAAAAACCUGUGCUUCGUAAUGCGAAUACUUUAAUUCCAUAUAAUCAUAGUUGAAUGUUCAAAUAAUUGCAAUGUAUAAAAUAUCGGUAAUAAAAGAAAUAAAAACAAAGUAAUCUCA